AUGCUUUACCUACCACUAGUUUCUUUGCUUCUGUUUUUAGUUUCAAGGGCAACUUGUAAUGCAGCCAAUGAAGACUUUCUUAGGUGCAUGUCCAUCCUUUCUCGAGGCCACAACGAAAGUUUAAACUACAUCUAUCCCCCAACCUCCCCUUCAUAUUCAUCUCUCAUGCAAUCUUUUCAACAAAAUCCCAGAUGGUUGAAUUCAACAGACCAAAAACCACUUUUCCUCAUCACCCCCAACUCUGAAUCCGAAAUCCAAGCAUCCAUUCUUUGUAGCAGAAAUCAUGGAUUGCAGGUCAGGGUCUUAAGUGGGGGACAUGACUAUGAAGGCCUAUCAUACCGCAGCAGUACCCCAUUCAUCGUCAUUGACCUCAUCAACCUCCGGUCAAUCAGCAUUGAUAUGAAGGAUGAAACUGCAUGGGUUCAGUCUGGAGCUGUAGUUGGAGAACUUUACUAUAGCAUUGCACAGAAAAGUCCGGUCCAUGGGUUCCCAGCAGGGAUAUGCCCUAGUGUAGGGGUUGGAGGACACUUUAGUGGAGGUGGAUUUGGGACUCUGGUAAGAAAGUAUGGCCUUGCAGCAGAUCAAGUUAUAGAUGCCAAUUUGAUUGAUGUCAAUGGAAGAAUUCUCAACAGAGAAACAAUGGGUGAAGAUUUGUUUUGGGCCAUCAGAGGAGGUGGAGGAGCAAGCUUUGGAGUCAUAGUUUCAUGGAAAAUCAAGCUGGUUAAAGUCCCACCUAUAGUGACAGCUUUCAGUCUUGAUAAGAAGCUGGACCAAGGUGCCAUCAAGAUUGUCCACAGGUGGCAAUAUGUUGCGAAUAAAUUUCCUGAGGAUCUCUUCAUCAGAAUUUUGAUCCAAAGUGAUGGAGAAAGCAAAGGCACCAAAGCUCAAUUCCAAUCACUAUUUCUUGGGAGAGUAAACGAGCUAAUACCAUUGAUGAACCAGAGCUUCCCCGAGUUGGGUUUGAGUGCACAAGACUGCACCGAAAUGACUUGGAUUGAAUCUGUUCUCUACUCGGCAGGGUACCCUAAAAACCAUUCCGUGGAUGUUCUACUAAGCAGAACUGACCAGUACCAUAGCUUUUUCAAGGGAAAAUCGGAUUUUGUGAAGGAACCAAUACCAGAAAGUGGACUCGAAGGGAUAUGGGAAAGGUUCUUGGAAGAAGAAAUUCGGUUAAUGAUAAUGGAUCCCUUUGGUGGAAGAAUGAAUGAUAUUUCAGAAUCCGAGCUCCCUUUUCCACAUAGAAAAGGCAAUCUUUACAACACACAAUACUUGGCGAAAUGGGUUGUGGACAAUGACACUGCAACUAUCAAACAUGUAAACUGGAUCAGAAAUCUCUACGAGUACAUGAGGCCAUUUGUUUCCAACUCUCCUAGAGCUGCCUAUCUCAAUUAUAAAGAUUUGGAUUUGGGGAUCAACCAGGAGGGUAACACAAGCUAUGCACAAGCAAAGGUUUGGGGUAUAAAGUACUUCAAGGGUAACUUUGACAGAUUGAUUCGAGUGAAGACAAAGAGUGAUCCAACCAACUUCUUCAGAAAUGAACAGAGCAUUCCAAUUCUUCCUAGCUAA